AUGCUAUCAACAAUUAUCCAGGACAGGCAGCUCAAGCACAACCAACUGGCCUAUCGGACACCAUUGCCACCGAAACAGUCAUACGAUUAUAUAGUAGUCGGCGCCGGCAGUGCCGGUGCUAUUGUCGCCUGUCGUCUAUCCGAAUGGGGUUCCGAUGUACUACUAUUGGAAGCUGGCGGUCCGGCCGAUGCCCUAAUCGAUGAUCUACCCGGCCUCGGUGCCCGUACCUAUGUUGAUGAUAAUAAAUUUUGGUACUACCAGCUUGAACAACAAAAAUAUACUGGACACUCGUUUUCUGGCAAUGGCCACGAAACUGAGAUAAGCGGCCGUGUAUUAGGUGGUACCUCAACUAAAGCCAUAUUAUAUAAUAGAGGUAAUCGCAAAUUUUUCGACACAAUAGCCUCAAAAUACGGUGCCAUUGGUUGGGAUUAUGCAAGUGUUUUGCCAGUAUUUAAACUAAUGGAAAAUAAUACCGACCCCCAGGUUAGCGAUCAGUAUCAUGGCCGCGAGGGACCGGUAGGUGUAUCGGCUGCGGGUAAACCCUAUCCAAUACACUUGAAACAAGCCGAGGCUGCUCGGGAAUGGGGUCUCCACUUAACGGAUAUUAAUGGCGCAAAUCAAACUGGGUUUACAUUUUUACAGACAAUUACCGCCGAGGGUUUGCGAUCAUCGACUAAUAAUGCUUAUCUGGGCAGUGGUUUGUGUCCCCAGUUGACUAUAGUUACCGAAGCAAUGGUCACAAAAAUACUAAUUGAACGUACAAACGAUGGACAGGGCACAGGUACUCCUCGGGCACAGGGAGUCGAGUUUAUUAAAAACAAUCGCAAACAUACGGUUAGGGCUAACCGGGAGGUGAUUGUAUCGGCAGGUACAAUACGCAGUCCACAGUUGCUAAUGGUGUCGGGUAUCGGGCCGGCCGACCAUUUGCUGACCAUCGACGGUAUCGAUGAAAUCUAUUCCGAUCUGGCCGGAGUCGGCCAAAACUAUUACAAUCAUCUAUAUCUGCCAUUAGAAUUCCCGAUCAGACAGUCGGGUAUGAUUUGGCCGGAAACUGUCGAUACGGAUAAUUUACGGCAACUAUACGACGCUACUGCCCGGGCCAGCGGUCCGAUGGCCCAGUCGUUUGUCUAUACGAUAAUGUAUUUGCCGUCGUCGUCGACAACAAUGGCCGGUACGGCAGCGGCAAUGGUAGACAACAAUACCAACGGUGCCGCUGAUGAUGACGACGACGACUAUCCCGAUAUCUUUAUAUUUGCCGACAUAUCACCGGUCGGUACCGAACCGUUUAUAGCCGAAGCCGAACUAUCGGCCGAUUCAAAUACUCAGCUAAAUAAACAAAUGCUAGACUAUUCACGGGAACUCCAAUCACGGGAUUGUAUAGCAUUGUGGCCAUGUUUGUCCAGACCGUUAAGUUCGGGUACAAUUACCCUACAAUCAAAUCGUAUGAUUGAUCAACCGGUAAUUGAUCCCAAUUUCCUAUCGAAACCAAUUGAUCGCUACCGGCUCAGGGAGGCAGUAGCCGAAACAUUUCGUUUUGUCGAGUCGACCAGUUUCGCCCAGUAUGUUAGUCUACCCCAGACACCAGUACCACCGUGUAGUUACUGUCCAACGGGUCCUGUAUACGAGUGCGACAGUUAUUUGGAUUGUCUGAUAGAUAACUGGGCCGGCAGUGAACACCAUUCGACCGGCACCUGUCGUAUGGGUGAUACCCGGCGUAGGGAUACUGUAGUCGACCCCCGAUUGCGUGUCAAAGGUAUACGCGGUUUGCGUGUAGUCGACUCAUCCAUAUAUCCGGAGAUGAUUAAUGCCAAUACAAAUGCCGCGGCAAUGUUGGCCGGGGAGAUGGGCGCCCGAUUCAUACAUGAAGAUAAUAAUCAAUAA